AUGUCUGGUUCCACCGCGAUCGGUUCCACUUCGAUUGCGAAGAAGCUAAAGGUGAACAGCGCUGUUGGCUCUGCGGUUCUCCAGGAUGCUGGGACUUUGCUGUUUGAGACAAACGCAGACCACGAUCUCGUUGAUGCUUUGGUCUACAUCGAAACAGCUGGAGACGAGAAUAGCAACGAAGCAACCUUCGUCAAAGACUUGAUCGCUGAAGAAGCUAGAGCUAUUGAGAAAGAACGAGGGAUCAAACGGCAGUCAGUGUCUGCUUCUGGUGGAGCAGGUGGAGGUGCUGAUAGUACACCAACUGGCUCUACUACUGCAGGAGCUGCUGCCAGUGGCAAGAGUACUUACGGUGGUGUUUUAGCUCCAGUAGGAUGCUCUAGUUCGGUUGGAGAAGCUUUUGUCGCAAGUCUCGGCUCAGAAUCGGACAGGAUAAUGGGCAGUGCUAACACCAGCUCCGCAACCGGUGACCGAGUAGUACAGGCUGAUGGGUCUCCUUCUAAGAGGAAGAGGGGAAGAAGUAGUCUUGCGAGUAAUCAAAGCGAACAAGGACAAGGAAGAUCUUCAUCACCAGACAAGUUCUUGAAUAGUCUUCAAGACCAGGAAGUACAAGACAGCACAGGAGAUACAACUGGUUCCAUUUCUCGCAACAUCCUCCAUAAGGAAUGGCAACGACUCGCAGAAAGUCGUGCUAUGGCUCCGUUUGACAAGAAGCAAUACAUGAGCAUGGAUGGACCUGGCGUGUUCGAUCGAAACAAAGAGGAAGCUUGGCGAGAGGCGUUGGACCAAGCGAAGAUCAAUGUGCAAUGCAACGAACUACGUCUCGCAAACUUGGAGCAUUUGUUGCGGUAUGGCAAAAAAGCUGCAUCGGAAUUGCGAAAGUCGAAUCAAGCAGUGGAAGGGCAGUUGGGGCAUGAGGUAUGGAAUUAGGAUUUAUUUGAUUGUCAAAAAUUUCUUGAUGUGAUUGAAGAUUGAUUGCUUUAAUACAGGCUUCACAGAAGAUGUAAAAACUCAGCAUUCUGAGGAUUUUUUUUCCAUUUUUUGUUUCGAAGCAUAAUUUCCAAACCUCUGCUACCUUCUUGUUCACUCACCAGGUUGCCACUCUGAAACGCGAAUCCGAGCAGAUCAACCAGAAGAGGAAGUUGGCUCAAAUUGCUGGGCAGAGUGAGCUUCAAAACUUGAGGGCUCAGUAUGAGAAGUACCUGACAGACAAUUUCAAGACCGAAAAUGCUCUCCUUGUCCUCCGCACGGAAGUCGAGAAGCUUAAACGCGUUGCUAAGCGCAGAAAACUGCUAACGGCAGAUUGGCAGGAUCCUACUUUGCUAGAGGAUCCGUCGUCCAAAAAGCAGGAUGGCAAAGAAGACAGGAAACAAGGCAGGUCAAGUGAUACAGGAGCAUCGGAAGAGGAAGAGGAGGCACAGGGCCAGGGUGAAGAAGCUGGUGUAGCUGUUGAAGGGACUCAUGAGGUGCAAGCUGAAGUUGAAGAAGCUGAACCAGAAACAGCUGAAGCUGAACAAGAAGCACCUGUUGAAGCUUCACAAGAACAAGAAGCUGCCAAUGGAAGUGUCAGCGAACGCGAAGGUGUUGUGGACGAAGAACAGGCUGCACGAAAGAGUGCAGAAGAAGCAGAUGAUGAAGGUGAUGCUUAGCAACAAUGAAUGAGUCACUAGAAGCCAGUUUCACGCUCGUGGCUAUCAACACGAAGACAACGAAAAGUGUACUUUUUCUCAACCCCCAGGAGAUAUCCAAUUGUAGUCCCCACCCCAAAGUAGAAGAGCUCUGCGAGUGUCACUCGAAUUGAAACUCCGAAAUUAUCAUGCGCAGCACUACGUGCGGCCUUGGGUCUCUACCCGGUCUGCUCCAAAGUGUCCUCCUUGGGGCAGUUUUGCAUC